AUGAUCUCUUCGCUCAAGCACCAGUCUUUACCAAUCCAUGGCUCGAAAUUGCUGCAGCAGGUGAGGAAUCCCCUCGGCCGGCGCUCACCGGCCGUCCCUCUUCUGGCGGCGGAGAAAUCCCGCCGGAACUCCAACGUUUCUCUCUCAAGGCCGCUCCAUGUUUCGAGGGUGGUUGUGGGGUUUUCGAACAGCAGAGAGAAGGAGGAGCGAUCGCCGAUCACGCGCGGUGCUUACGAGGCCGACCGAUCGGAGCCUAUCAGUGAGCCGGAGGUGGAGGCGGCGUCUGAGUCGGCGAGGAGGUUGAAGAUCGGAAUUUAUUUCGCUACUUGGUGGGGCUUGAACGUGAUCUUCAACAUCUACAACAAGAAGGUGUUGAAUGCUUAUCCCUUUCCCUGGCUAACAUCGACGCUGUCUUUAGCAGCUGGGUCGCUCAUAAUGUUGAUUUCUUGGGCGCUCGGAAUAGCGGAGUCUCCAAAGACUGAUCUCGAUUUCUGGAAAUCCCUUUUUCCGGUUGCUAUUGCUCAUACAAUUGGACAUGUUGCAGCCACUGUGAGUAUGUCUAAGGUGGCAGUUUCAUUUACACACAUUAUCAAGAGUGGUGAGCCUGCUUUUAGUGUCUUGGUCUCAAGAUUCAUACUGGGAGAGACUUUUCCUCCAUCAGUUUACUUGUCCCUUCUUCCGAUUAUCGGUGGCUGUGGUCUGGCCGCUCUCACCGAGCUUAACUUUAACAUGAUUGGUAAUAAUUCACUUUAA